AGAAGCAUAAUAAUAUUUUCUGGUAGAGACCGAUGUCUUUGAUAUUCUAGAUGCAUCUCCAUUAUCAACAAAGCUCUCUAUUGGUCGAACUCGUAUUCGAUUCACUCUCUUUCAAAGCCGCAGGAGAGGCGUAAGAAAUUAAGAAUCGCAUGAUUCGUCUCUCUCUCGCAACAACAACAAAAUCUCGAGUCCCCCAAAUAAGUUUUUAAGCAAAACCCUCCGAGUUCAUGCCCAAAUGCCCAUUCCCAAUCCGUAACAGCUUUUUCAGCUACUUCCUCAACGAAAGUCGAAUCCUUUCGAGCAACCCAGUUAAGCUCUCUAUUCAUCUUCUUCGCUUCUAUUCUUCCGUUUCAGUUUCUCCAAAGCCAUCCAUGGAAGCCGAGCAGCAACACGCGGAGAAUCCAUCAGAGGCUCCCAUCUCGGAGAAGAUGUUCAAAUCGGCUCCCAAGAUGGGUUCUUACAAGCUGGGUGAUUCCACUUUGUCUUCAAUGAUUGAGAAUUACGCCAAUUCGGGUGAUUUUGCAUCGGUAGAGAAGCUUUUGAGCCGAAUUAGACUAGAGAACAGAAUGAUUAGAGAGCAUAGUUUCAUCGUUAUAUUUAGGGCUUAUGGGAAAGCACAUCGCCAUCUCUUUAUUGUGUUUCUUACCAAUUGGAAUCAUUUCCGGAGAAGGAAUCGGUGAAACGGAAGGGACGAAAAACGAUCUGCAUCAGGCGAUCCUAAGGGACGAAUCUGUAGCAAGGUUACACGAGAUUGGACAGGUGAGUGAUGCAGUUGCCCACCUAGAGAGGACUUUUAUGAAUCCAGCGUCCAUAAGGGCAGUAACUUUUAUCCGUGGAUGGAUGGAAGAUGCAGGUUUAUCAACAUUACAUGGGAAAUGUACACGGUCGAGUAGAUCCAAAGAAUGGAAGUACGCAGGCUCUUCUAAUUGGUUCCCAUAUGGACACUGUUAUUGAUGCUGGGAAGUAUGAUGGCUCGUUAGGCAUAAUUUCUGCAAUCUCUGCAUUGAAGGUUCUGAAAAUAAAUGGGAAAUUGGGAGAACUAAAGCGGCCUGUUGAGGUGAUUGCGUUUAGUGAUGAGGAAGGUGUGAGAUUUCAGUCUACUUUCCUAGGCAGUGCUGCUCUGGCUGGUAUUAUGCCAGUUUCUCGGUUGGAGGUUGCUGAUAAAAGUGGUAUUUCUGUGCAAGAUGCUCUUAAAGAGAACUCCAUAGACAUAACAGAGGAAAAUCUUAUGCAGCUCAAGUAUGACCCUGCAUCUGUUUGGGGCUAUGUAGAGGUUCACAUUGAGCAAGGGCCUGUGCUUGAAUGGGUUGGUUAUCCUCUAGGAGUAGUUAAAGGAAUUGCAGGACAGACGAGACUUAAGGUUACUGUCAAAGGCUCUCAAGGACAUGCUGGAACAGUUCCAAUGUCAUUGCGUCAGGACCCUAUGACUGGUGCAGCGGAACUGAUUGUACUAUUGGAAAGUGUUUGCAAAAACCCUAAAGAUUACUUAUCUUGCGGCGAUGGUCAGUGCAACGAGGACACAAUAGAGUCCCUUGCCAAUUCACUUGUUUGUACUGUUGGAGAAAUCUCUACUUGGCCAAGUGCUAGCAAUGUCAUCCCAGGGCAGGUAACUUUUACUGUGGAUUUACGUACGAUAGAUGAUGUAGGACGCAAGACUAUUCUCCAUGACUUAUCAACUAGGAUGUACCAGAUAUGUGACAAAAGAUCGCUUUUGUGCUCCAUUGAAAGAAAGCACGAUGCAGAUGCAGUAAUCUCAGACCCGCAUUUGAGUUUACAGCUGAAAUCAGCAGCUCAGAUUGCCCUUAAGAAGAUGACAGGAGAUAUCCAAGACGAGGUCCCCGUGCUAAUGAGCGGAGCAGGACAUGAUGCUAUGGCUAUGUCUCACUUAACUAAGGUGGGGAUGUUGUUUGUCCGGUGCCGUGGAGGGAUAAGUCAUUCUCCAGCAGAACGUGUGUUGGAUGAUGAUGUUGGUGCAGCCGGUUUAGCCAUCUUGGAGUUUCUACACUCAAAUGUAAUUUUUUUUUUUCUUUCAGAAAGGAAAGACGACUAAGAAUGUACAGUGUCAUUUUGUUGUUAUAUGCUCUUGUAUACGCUCUGGGACUAUGCAUUUUGUAUAGAGUCAAAUCCGAAUUAGUUUGAAUGUAUGGAACAGUGUUAGCUUACCUUUGAUGGUAAUGUAUUAUUAUUGUUACUAUUA